GACCAUAACCAAGGUGAAAAUAAAAAGUCUUCUUGACUUUAGUUCAUCAGACAUAGCCUGAUCAGUGACAACCCUGAGCAAGUUGAGUCGGCUGAGUCGGCCGGCGGAGUCGCUGAUAGCUGAUCAACACUGUACACCCACCACCACCAUCUUUGAGUUGUCAGGCAUUGUAGCUUAGAUGACCGAACUUCAGACCAAGGUUAUCCUUGUAGGCUUAGGUGGUGCUACUUGCUCAGGAAAGACGACGCUCGCGAAGCAUCUCAAGAAUAUACUCCCCAAUAGUGUCAUCGUGCACCAGGAUGAUUUUGCUCCACCUGAGGAACAGCUACCCAUAAAGCAUGGCUAUCAGGACUGGGACGCUCCAGAUGGUGCAAUCGACUACCCACGACUGACCAAGUUUUUGAAGCACAUGAAAGACACAGGAAGCAUACCAGUUGAUCACAAAAGUCAUGACCAUUUGAACAAGCAGACGGAUUUGCCUAUCGAAGCAGAAUGUCAAUCCCGCCUGGCUGAGCGCUUCAGAGUUAUGCAUGAUCAAAUCAAGGAGAAUGACAACAUCGAUAUAGUGUGGGGUUUAGUCGACGGGUUUUUGUUAUAUUGGAAUCAGGAACUUAUAGAGCAACUAGAUGCGCGCUUCUUCCUCCGUGUUCCACUCAAGACGCUAGAAAGGCGGAGGAAAGCGCGGCAGGUUUAUAUCACAUCAAAGGGGGACGCAUGGGUAGACCCCCCUGACUACUGGGAGAAGAUCGUGCUCCCUGCAUACCUGGACGCACAUAGCGAGAUAUUCGAGGGUGGCGAUGUUGAGAAUGGGGACCUGACGAGUAAGGUGAAAGGGCUUAUUUUAAUUGAGCCGGAUAAGGAGGACCAAGCAAUGAGCAUGACGGAUGUCGUGGAAAGGUGUUGCAAGGAGUUAUAUCAGUUUGUCAAGGCAGAGGGGUCGAGCAAAUGAGGGGGUACUUCGAAGAUAUCGAAGACCUUUGCAAGAAUACUGUUAGUACUAUACCACAGAUCAAGCGUAUAUAGAAUUUUUGAAGUGAUUCCCCUGUACUGUUGGUUUGACUGCACCGGGAAUAGUUGCUCGGAACAACGGAGGGUAUCGUUCC